CAAAUAUAGUUAGACCGGCCUUGCUUGCGAUGAAGUAGUCGGCGAAAGACAGAUAUCGCGGGAAACCACCGGCAAACGGUGCCGUUGAGGUAUUGAAUUGUUAGCCAUGGGCGCUUCAGAAUCCACACUUUCAAGCUCACAGAGGCACGUCGACCAAAUUACGACCGUUUCCGAACGAUCUCAAGUCGCCGAUCCCAUCUUAGAGAGGCUCAAAUCCCUCAAGAUUUCGUCGCCGAUACUGACGUCACCUCCAACCGAGAGUAGCUUGACUGACAUUCUAGUGAGGAAACCUUCCUCUUCCUCUGCUCCAGGGAUUGUGGAUCCAAAGGUGCUACUGGAACUCUUCUCAAUGUACCGUGAUUAUCAGGAGGAGAAGACACAAAAGAUUCGCAAAAAUCAGGAAGAGAUAGAAAACAAGAUUGAGAUUGCAGAUGCCCUGGCUAUUAAGCUUCUUCAACGUCUUAAUCACUCUGUAUCAGCCAUGAAGACAACUUCACAGCAUUUAUCAGAAGUUCAUGCAUUACAGGUGGAUAUUGGAGUGCUUAAAGGAAGAUUGACGGAGGUUAUUAGUAAUUGUGAUGCAUUAUGCAAGAGAAUAGCAGUAGAAGGACCAGAAUCUCUUCGGUCAUCUGUAAAGCCAUUUUCAGUCACCACUGUUGAUCCAGAAAUUCGAUCUGGUUCAUCUUCUCUCCAAAGAGUGAGUAACAAAAUUCCACCUUCUACAGAAACCUAGUUAGAUCUGACCAUUUUCACAUUGAUUUUCGUGUACACAGUAUUGGUAUGGAUUGAGGUUUAGCCUUAAUUGACAUCCUGAUUCCUGAUUGCUUAUGUUUGAUUCAUUUUUGGAUGAGCCAGUGUAUUUGUAACCAAGAAAUUAAUAAAUUUGAAACUAUAAUGAUGCUUGAUUCA